AUGGCAUCUACAGCAAUAGUUGGUUCAACCGGCCUUGUGGGCGCGAACAUCCUCUCGACCCUUCUCACACUACCCUCUAUCUCCUCCGUUCAUUCAAUUUCCCGCCGCGCCCCGUCCUCCACAGACCCAAAGCUCCACCCCCUCGUUUCCGCCGAAACCUCACAAUGGUCCACCCAAUUCUCGUCCAUCACCCCACCACCCAGCAUCCUCUUUUCCGCUCUCGGCACCACAAAAGGAUUAGCAGGAUCUGUUGAAGCACAAAGGAAAAUAGACUACGAUCUUAACCUCGCAAUCGCUCAAGCAGCGAAGGCGGCUGGUGUGAAAGUCUACGUCCUGAUUUCCACCGGCGGAGCAAAUGCUAAGAGCUUUAUCCCAUACCCUAAGAUGAAGGGAGAAUUGGAGGAGAGUGUCAAGGAGUUAGGGUUCGAGCAUACGAUUAUUCUACGACCGGGACUUCUGGUGGGAAACAGAAAUGAUAGUAGAUUCGUCGAGGGUGUGUUCAGGAAAGUCGCUGGUGCAAUGGGGAGCGUGGCAAAUGUGUUGAAGGAUGUCUGGGCUCAAGAUGCCGAUGUUGUGGGCAAAGCUGCCGUGGCUGCCGGUCUGCAGGCAUUGGAGGGCGGGAAGCCCAAAGUUUGGGAGAUUGGACAAGCGGAAAUUAUCAAAUUGGGGAGAACGGAGUGGAAGGCUUGA